CUUUAUUGCUUAGGAAAUAACAUUGAAAUAUCUGUGAAAGCGCGGUGACCGUAUGAAAUCUUCCGCUAUAACUUUCGCAGUUAGUCGAUAGCCAUAAGAAACUGUGUUAGUGAUUGUACAGUGGGGACCUGACCAGCUGAUGGUACCUACCUACGGAAGAUUUCGAAGACAAAAACCAGUUGAGUAGCCAUGCAUGAAUAAACUUUGAUAUCGGUCGUAGAAACCCGCAGUACCCUUCGGCAGCCGGUGUUAAUCAGAGGUCCCGCAACAUGUAUCUGUUUUCAAGCUUCGCAAUAUUAUUCGCGAUACUUCCAACACAAGAUGUUCAGUGCGCAAACAUUUUGGCGAUUCUACCGCACGUCGGAAAGAGUCACUUCUUAGUCUUCGAACCACUAAUGAAAGAGUUAGCGAGAAGAGGACACCAUGUGACUGUGGCUUCAUUCUUCCCCCAAUCGGAACCACUCGCAAACUACACAGAUAUCAGUCUUGAAGAAAUUGCUGAAGUGCGAAAAGAACGGAUUAACUUGCAAGUGUUUGAUAACCCGAAUAAAAUAAUCAAUGGCUUGGGUUUGCAGAACUUCAUGACACAGAUACUUGCCUUCCAACCUUUAAGUGACCUAGCCUUGAAGGUUUGUUCUGGACUGGUCAACUUCCCACCACUCGCUGAAGCAUUGCAGAAAAACUACGAUGUUGUCUUAGUUGAGAAUUUUAACAGCGACUGUGCUUUAGGACUUCUUCAUGUGUACGGUGUGAAUGCGCCAAUAAUUUCUCUAGUGUCUGGUCCUUUACUGCAAUGGUCGUAUAGUCGGAUCGGAUUACCUGAUAACCCGUCCUAUGUACCGACAAUAACUUCGAGAACCAGUACAAUAGCGACAUUUCUGGAGAGACUGGAGAAUACUGCAUUGAAUUUGUAUUUCAAGCUGUGGUUUAGAUAUGCGAUCCAGGUGAAGGAACGCGCGAUUAUAGAGAGAAGGUUCUGGACUAAGAUACCGGAUUUGGACGUGCUGGCCAGAAAUGUAAGCAUGAUAUUGGUGAAUACGUUCCAUAGUUUAAAUGGUGUUCGUCCUUUAUUGCCUGGUCUUGUUGAAGUUGGUGGGAUGCAUAUUCCACGUGGAAGGCAGGAAGAACGCGCAGCUAUUCCGCAGUACAUCGAGCGCUUUUUGAACGAGUCUGAACAUGGUGUUGUGCUCUUCAGCUGGGGUUCAUUGAUCAAGACAGCAACUAUACCAAAGUACAAAGAGGAGAUCAUCGUGAACGCCCUAUCAAAGUUAAAGCAGAGAGUCAUCUGGAAAUACGAGAACAGUAACGAGGAAGGAACACUAAGCGGCAAUAUUUUGAAAGUCAAAUGGAUUCCUCAAUAUGAAUUGCUUCAACAUGAAAAAGUCAUCGCCUUUAUUGCCCACGGAGGGCUUUUGGGUAUGACCGAGGCUAUAUCUGCCGGCAAACCGAUGCUCAUCGUGCCGUUCUAUGGAGACCAGAUGGUAAACGGCGCAGCGGCUACGACUAUAGGCCUUGGGAAGGCCAUUUCUUACGCCGAUAUGUCGGAGAAGUCCUUGCUAGAAGGAUUGCAGAGUGUAUUGAGUCCUGAAAUGCGGAUGAGCGCGCGUCGAGCUUCGAAGAUUUGGCAAGACAGGAUAGCAGAUCCCUUGGACACCGCUGUAUACUGGGUCGAGAGGGUCAUACGAUGGGGGCACCAGGAUCCUUUGCACUCCACUUCCAAGGAUAUGGGUUUCAUAGAGUAUAACUUAUUAGAUGUAGCAGCUGUGAUCUUACUUAGUUUCGUAUUUUUAAUUCUAGUUCUAAGGAUAGUAUUGAACCAAAUUCUACGGCUUUUCGGAGCCGGUACGAGUAAGAAGGAGAAGUUGCAUUAGGUGCAUAGUUUUAGUGCUAUUAUUUGGCUCGAUUUCAAGUGCAAUGAAACGAGUCUAUCUAUCUAUGAAACCAACCUCGGUUUCUCAGGAAAUGCACUAUUUCUAAGAACUAGCUCAAUGUAAAAUUUAUUUUAUGUAGAUAAUGUUUUCUAACAAAGUUCCUCUGUUAAAAUAAAUCUAUGGAUGUGCCUAGGAAUGUGCCUGCCUACUUAGUGUAGUUAUUUAUAUCAUAGGCAUUAAGCAAUCCGGUCAAAACUCAUUGAGCUCAAAUAAAUUAGUGUCGAGUUCAAUUAAAACCAGUGUUCAAUUGUGAAAUCAUGAUAGGUAUUAGGUAGGUACUAUUAAACUAAACCGUCAAAUACGCAGCACCUAGUAUGAUACGAAUAACCCAAAUAAACUGGGUAAGAGUAUUUUUUUAUGAAUAAAGAUAGAACUAUUUAUUUACCCUGCAUGCGCACCAAUAUGCCAACAAAUACAUACCUACGUAUAAAAAUAAAAAUCUAAAACUAAGUGUCAAAAAGAAUACAAAAAAAUGUAUGUCCUCAAAUGAUUCGUAUUAUACCUGUCCAAUUUACAAAUGCCUAGUGUAAUUAACAAAAAUUAUGUAUAGAAAAUAGACAUUAACGGAACUAAAACCAAUAUCGAGGUAUCGUUUUUAGUAUAUUAUAUUGUUACCUAAGUAGUUAAAAUGCAAUGCAGGUACUAGAUUUGGAUUUUAUUUUAGUGAGCCAAAUAAUUUUAUGUUAGCUGUGACAGUCAGCAGGGUUUAGUGUCUAGUUUUAAUAAAUCAAAUACCAAUUAAUAUUCAAUGUAAUCAUUUAUUAUUUAUUGCUCUAAAAUAUUUUCAACCGACU